AUGAAACUUGCGAACUCGGUACUCGUGAUCGCUGUACUCGUAAGCAACAGCCGGCUGCAGACUGAUGACGUGACCAGUGACGUGUACGACAAACAGCUUCAGGCUGAUGACGCGGCCAGUGACGUGUACACCAAACAGCUUCAGGCUGAUGACGCGGCCAGUGACGUGCACAGAAAGCCGUUUUGGUGUGCAGAGAGAGACGGGGAUAACGUUACGGAUCACACAGAAUGCUGGCGAGGCAGAACGUCGCCCCACCUGGGACACCAGACACCUUCAAACGUAACCUUAACUAGGUUAUCUCAUUUUCCUCUGAGGAAAAAUGCGCUGGACUCCAGUCGGAGAAGUGUUCGUGUUUCCGCGGACGGUACGGCUGGAGUCGCCCGGCUGAGACGGGCGGAUUCCAGGGGAGCGUAUGGGCCCGGGCCGGAUGGUGAGGAGUUGUCUGGGCGGACAGAUUUGGAGUGGUUCGAGCGGCUGGACUUGGCGACAAGAAGUGUUGGUGUUUCCGCGGACGGCAGGGACGAACUGGUCCGACCGAGGCGGGCUGACUCUGGAACCUCUGCGGCAGAUGUACAGGACUGGUCCAAGCAGUUUGAGGCUGAGGGGGAAAUUGUGCGGUUGAGACGCGCGGAGGGACAGUCCGGGCCGGUUAUAGAGGACUGGUCCAAGCAGCUUGAGGCUGAGGAGAUUAUCCGCGUAGUGAGUUGCCAGGUGGACAUGUUGUGCAGCCCGGUGAACAGUAAGACGUGCCGGUGCCCGCCGGGGCAGGCCGGGUGCGUCGUGCCGCGCGCUCGCGUCUCGCAGAUCUCCAGGACUCGCUCAGGCGCGCUGAACAUGUUCUGCGUCGGCGUGUCGCUCAGCCACGAGGAGGCCGGCGCGACGCCGCAAACCAGCUGCAAGUACUUCAGCACAGACAACGCCAAGUACCGCGUCUUCGCCAACAAGGUGCCGGAAACAGGCAGCAACGCGGCAGGCAAACCCAGGAUCAGAUACAGGGCCUGUCUGAAACCCAUGUCUUAGCGGCAAACCCAGGAUCAGAUGCAGGGCCUGUCUCAAACCCAUGUCUUAGACUAACAAGGACAGAAUAUAUGUUCUUACAAACCCAUGUCUUAGACU